AUGAAUAAAUUUCUUGGACACAUGCAUAAAGAGAGAGAAAGUUGAGUUCGCAUUUAAAAAAAAUUAUAAUAAUUUAUUCCCAUUUUAAACUACAAGGCUUCUUCUGCUAAUAAUUAUUGGACUUUUUACUUGAACUUCUGUCAACUUUUAUGGACCUUUUCAUUGCUCCUGCAAUGUCAUAUCAAGCAAGAUAAACUUGCACCGCACGUACGUAUUCCAAAUCAAAAUAUUAAUCGGUUUUUAAUAUAAUCUAAUUUUAAAUCUUUGUCAACCAAAUCAAAAUAAUAUAAUCGGUUUGAUUGCUGGGUACCUAUUACACCAACAAAUCUCCCUAUUAUAAACACUCGAGUAUUUUUGAAUCGUUGAAAAAUGAUUUGAGUCUAAAAUCGAAUAUGAGUUAGUCAUUUCAUCUACUUUAUUUGUUUUUUUUUCUUUUGAUAAUAUUUAUUUUUUCGAUUAAUUUUAUAAAAUGACUGAUCUGGUCCAAUCAAAAUUUCUACCUACCAUAAAUCAGAAAGCGAUCGCGUUCCUUUUUUAUUUUGUUUUUGCCCACGCUCAAUUACUUCCCCACUGUUCCAACGCCGACGGCGUCGUCGCACACUUCAACGAUGAUUCCGAGUCCACGCUCAAUUACUUCCCCAACUUUUCGAUCUACCUUUUCCUCGAAGCUAUAGAAUCGCCUACCUUCUGCGUUUUGGAGGACGCCGAUUAGCUGAUACGGCCAGGCACGGUGUGCGGGGAAGUCGGUGGGCAUGGCGACGACGAGGACGAGGAACGAGAUGCUGCGGGCUCACUUGGGGAUGGCGCUGGUGCAGGUGGUGUAUGGAGGCUAUCAUGUGUUGACCAAGGCCGUGCUUAAUGUUGGCAUGAACGAGGUGGUUUUCUGCGCCUAUCGGGACAUCGUCGCCCUCGCAAUCCUUGCUCCCUUGGCCUUCCUCCGACGGCGCAGAAGCGUAGGUCUUCAAGUUUCUCCUUGUAUAUUUGCAUCAUUUUUCCUUCUGGGUUUUACUGGGAUAUUUGCAAACCAACUAUUGUUCGUUCUUGGCUUAAGCUUCACAAAUCCAACUUAUGCAUCGGCUAUUCAACCUUCAAUACCUGUCUUUACAUUUGCCUUGGCUGCUCUACUAGGUGUUGAGGCAAUAAGCUUGGUCGCAAUCGAGGGAUGUGUGAAAGUUCUUGGCACUCUUGUAUGCAUUUUUGGAUCGCUAUUAAUGGUAUUUUAUCGUGGUCCAGCUGUAGUUGGAUCAGGAGCCUGUUGUCUAACUUAUCUUAUCAGACUAGAGUUGAAGCCUCAACAUGAAGUGGUUGGAUUGCUAUCGACUGGGUUUCUUGGCUUCGGGUUUGAGAAGUGGCAUGUUGGUGUUCUAUGUUUGAUAGGGAAUUGUUUCUUCAUGGCUGCUUAUUAUGUUUUACAGGCUCCAGUGUUAAGAAAAUACCCUGACAGCUUAUCUUUGACAGCAUACUCAUACUCUUUUGGCGCUUUAAUGAUGGUAUUGACUGGGAUAAUAUCCACAAGUAGCUUCAACGAGUGGAUAUUGACAGUGCCUGAGAUAAUUGCCGUCUUAUAUGCUGGAAUUGUUGCAUCUGCAAUGAACUAUGGGAUAAUGACAUGGUCCAACAAAAUCUUAGGGCCAUCGAUGGUAUCUCUAUACAAUCCUCUUCAACCAGCAAUGUCCACUUUAUUGUCCACAGUUUUCCUAGGAAGUGCUAUUUAUCUCGGAAGCAUUGUAGGAGGGAUUCUCAUAAUUAUUGGCUUAUACUUGGUCACCUGGGCUCGUUACAAGGAGACUGAAUCGGUUACUAUCUCAUGUGAUCCCGAUCACUCUGCUCCACUUCUUGACGAAGAGAAAACACCCAUGAAGAAGGACGAAGCUUCCUCUAGCACUUGCAAUAUUCCUUAGGCCAGCAAUUACUGCCCCGUGGAUCCUGUUUAAGCUGUUCCCUAAUACUAGAAAUAUUCAUCUUCAUUUCAUUCAGUAAAGCUACUGAGAACUAUGAUUCUUUCGGCAAAAAGAUUGUCGCUCUGAGCCUGUAAAGAAAUAAUUCUCUGUAAAAAGUCAUCCAUGAUGCUGAACUUGAUGUGAUGAACAGGAUGUUAGAAAAUCAUGCAAAUUGCUUCUCGUAUUUAAUCUUC